AUGUCAUCGUCUCACGCAAGUGUUACUUCACCCAAUGGUCCAAAAUUAGACAUGCGCUUCAGCCAAUGGGACGCAUGGUCAUGGCAAGCUGAGUGCUUCAAAUCGCCAAGUCCUCAAAUGGCAAAACCUGCUUGGUCAACAACAGAUGAACUCACGAUAGACAAUCCUGACAAAUCAUUUUCUCAUUGCAAAUAUUUUGGCAACUUUUUGGCAGCUCACAAAGCAUUUCUGAUUGGUUUGACUAUUGGCGCAUUAUUAGCUGCAGUAGGUUUAGCAACUGUUACUACAAUGUGGUUGAAUUCGAACUGUACGACGACGACAACAAUAUCAAAUAGUGAUACAACGACACCAACAACGUUGACCACUACAACUACCAUAACAACUACCACCGAGACUACAACUACUACGACCGUCACAACUUCUACAAUCACCACGACCACUGUAACUACCACAACACCACUUUGUACAACUCAAACUUACUCUAGCUCCUUCACAAAUGCGGUAGCUCCAACAUCGGCUCAAUGUACAGCAUGGGGUACAUUUCGAACCGCGUUAACCUGCUCGAGUUAUACACUCCUACAAUUCUAUGGGUCUCUGAGUUCAAGUGGUUUGAAUGUUACUGAUCCAACUAUCGUAAAUGGUAUUGCUGCAGCACUCUUGAAUUAUAGCAGCUACGGACCGAUAACAUCAAAUGGAUACUCGUGGGCAGUUGACGUCUGUGCCGGUAGUGUAGAAUUAACUGUUGGAGGCACCUGUACGUGCUCAGCUACAUACGCUAUCCGAGCAUGUAUUUCAAAUGGAAAUUGGGGUGGAAUUAGUGGUACGUCCACAUGCAGUCAAGCAAGCCAAACAAUUACAGUUAAAUUUUCAUGA